AUGGAAAUCUUUGGUGAUGGUCAAAGCCUCGGAAAGGACAGUAACUGGGGAGACCCCACCACCUACCUAGUACCACGAAACACACGAGUUCUUUCGGUAGCUGGGAAAGACGUGGGAAGAAAUUUUGGAAUACUCGACGCCAUGAGCAACGGGUUGGUAAGUGAUGAAUCCUGGAAAUGCAGCAGCGUUCUGUAUCCCGGAUGGAAUUCCCCGGAUUUUGAUGACCAGGGCUGGCAUUCUGCAAACGUUAUUGUAAACCAUGGCGACAAUCCUUGGAAUACAAUAAAUGGUAUCGCAACGGCAGCCAAGUGGAUAUGGGCUAACAACAAAAGCGACACUGCCUAUUGCAGACUGAAUCUAAAUUAA